UCAUUUUGUGAAUCUCUUGUAGGCGUUUGGCGCCCUAGAAUUGUUUGAAUCCUUGCUCUCUCUCCCCCUCCAUCUCCUCCCCCUUCUUCGCUCUGUCCGUAGCCAUGGCGGCGCAGCAGCAGAGACGCCAGAAAAUGGUGGAGGAACAGCAAGAGAUCGAAGACAUGCAGCACGGCCCCUUCCCUAUCGAGCAGCUCCAGGCAUCUGGGAUAGCAGCCCUUGAUGUAAAAAAGCUGAAGGAUGCUGGCCUCUGUACUGUGGAAUCUGUUGCAUUUUCACCAAGAAAAGAUCUCUUGCAAAUUAAAGGGUUAAGCGAGGCAAAAGUUGACAAGAUCAUUGAAGCAGCUUCGAAGCUGGUUCCCUUGGGCUUUACUAGUGCUAGCCAGCUUCAUGCGCAAAGGCUUGAAAUCAUUCAAAUCACAUCUGGAUCAAGCGAUCUUGAUAAGAUUUUGGAGGGUGGAAUCGAAACAGGGUCCAUUACUGAAAUAUAUGGUGAGUUUCGCUCUGGAAAGACCCAGUUGUGCCACACUCUUUGUGUCACUUGUCAGCUCCCAUUGGAUCAAGGUGGUGGUGAAGGGAAGGCAAUGUAUAUUGAUGCAGAGGGCACGUUCAGGCCACAAAGACUCUUGCAGAUUGCAGAUAGGUUUGGAUUGAAUGGUGCUGAUGUUCUGGAGAAUGUAGCUUAUGCAAGAGCAUAUAAUACUGACCAUCAAUCAAGGCUCUUGCUGGAAGCAGCUUCAAUGAUGGUGGAAACCAGGUUUGCUCUUAUGAUAGUGGACAGUGCCACAGCUCUUUACAGAACAGAUUUUUCUGGAAGGGGAGAACUGUCGGCAAGGCAAAUGCAUCUGGCAAAGUUCCUGAGGAGCCUUCAGAAGUUGGCAGAUGAGUUUGGGGUUGCGGUAGUUAUCACCAAUCAAGUUGUUGCUCAAGUAGAUGGGUCUGCGAUAUUUGCCGGGCCACAAAUCAAACCUAUUGGUGGGAACAUCAUGGCACAUGCCUCUACAACAAGGCUUGCUCUUCGCAAGGGAAGGGGAGAGGAGCGCAUUUGUAAAGUAAUAAGCUCUCCAUGUUUGGCAGAAGCUGAAGCACGGUUCCAGAUAUCUUCAGAAGGUGUUACAGAUGUAAAGGAUUGAUCAGUGCAGCAGUCAUCUUAUCCAUACUUUAUCGAACCCAUUGAAUCCAAAAUGUGCUGAUACACAUGCCUAUUUUGGGUCAGCUGCUUAGUUAGGCAACUAGCAGCAGCUUAGUUUUGUUCAAAUCUGUACCAAAUUUGGAAAGAUUGUAAAUGUAUGUGUGGGGUGAGUCCUUCAUGGGUUGAUUUGAAUAUCUAUGACUUUUUGAAUGUAAUUUUUGUAUGCUUCUCUGUACUCAAUAUCUUCAAUGCCUUCUGCCAUUUUCUAGUGUAAAAUGUACUUGCCUUUCUACUUCAA